UCGAUCAAUUUCGACGUUGAAUCUGAGAAUCGAUCUCAACGUCGUCUGCAUAUCGAUCUUGGAGGCUGAAGGCGAAACUGAUUUACCACGUGGCGAUUAGACACCAUUCCAAAUUUUACACGAGGCUGGAGAUCCUCAUACGCCUGUAUCUUGAGAUCUUGUCUAACACAUCGCCACGUGACCGACGCGUCCGACGCGUCUGCGCUAGUGGCAAUACUUCUGAGAUCCAGCAUCUGCCUGCACGCAUGUAGUCCACAAUUCCCCUGGCAUCCAGCAGACAAUUGCCAUCCGAUCUUCAGGAACCCAUCGGAUACCCCGCAAAUCUCAGAGGCGACAUCUAAACGAAUCGAAACGCGAUCUUGACCACACCACGCCCGCACGCGCAUCGCAGCCUACACGUCCCCGCCGACACCCCGCGUAGAAUCGAGACUGCCUCGGUAUACAAGGAAGAAUUGGAUCUGCAUUCUGAACAUGGCGCGCGGCAAAAAUGUCGAGGUCAGCGAGUAUGAGCGGAAACGGCAGGAGAACAUUGCAAAGACGCAGGCGCUCUUGCGCAACCUUGAGAUGGAGGCUGCAGAAGCCGGUCUAGGACCCACAGGCAAGGCAAAGGCAUCCGUGCCAUCGCGACCAAAAGCGAAAAAGCCCGCGCCCAAGAAGAUUAAGCAAGAAGAAGUAGCGCCACGUAGAACAUCAUCACGCUUAAAGGGCAUUGUGGCAGACAGUGAGGUUGCAAAGCGCAAAGCAGAGGACGAAUACGUCGCGAUACGUGAGGCUGAUCGCGCGAAGCGACAACGCGUUAGUGAUGCCUUCAAUUUCAGUGACAUAGUCGUAGCAGGCAAAGACUGGAACAGGAGUGGGAACUUCCUCUCUGUUGGCCCAGCGGAUCCGUACGCGCGCACAUUCGAUUACAAUGACGUGAAGGAGACUACCGACAAGGAGUUGAGAGCACUCCGAGAGCGCAUGAGCGGCCUGGCACUAUGGGAAGACUUUGAGCCGAAUGAAAUCAAGAUCACGCCAGAGCGCAUAUACUCCAUGGGUCUACAUCCCACAACCGACAAACCAUUAGUAUUUGCCGGCGACAAGCUCGGCAACCUAGGUAUCUGCGACGCAUCACAAAAAGUAGCAGAAGUAAAAAUCGAAGACGACGAAGACGCAGACAGGGAAGGGCCCACCAUCACAACCCUCAAACCGCACACCCGCACAAUCCACACCUUCCAAUUCAGCCCUCACGACGCAAACGCGCUCUACACAGCCUCCUACGACUCCUCCGUGCGUAAACUCGAUUUGGCAAAGGGUGUUGCAGUCGAAGUCUACGCCCCGAGCGACAAGGACGAAGAAGCACCCCUUUCCGGUCUGGAAAUCUCAAAAGAUGACCCUAAUACCUUGUAUUUCUCUACCCUCGACGGCCAAUUUGGCAUCUACGAUAUGCGCACUCCGAGCGAGAAAGCAGCGGGACUGCAAAUCUUCCAGCUGAGCGAUAAGAAAAUCGGAGGGUUUACUUUACACCCGCUACAUCCGCAUCUCGUUGCCACUGCCUCCCUUGACCGCACGUUGAAGAUUUGGGACCUACGCAAAAUUACCGGUAAAGGAGAAAGUAGGGCCCCCGCGCUAGUUGGAGAACACACGAGUAAACUGUCCGUGUCGCAUGCUGCGUGGAAUAGUGCAGGGCAGGUAGCAACUGCGUCGUACGAUGAUACGAUCAAGAUACAUGACUUUGGAAACUGUGCGGAGUGGAAAGUUGGUACGACGUUGGAAGAAGAGGCCAUGGAACCGAGUGCUGUGGUGCCGCAUAACAACCAGACAGGCCGCUGGGUCACUAUUCUCCGAGCACAAUGGCAGCAAUUCCCCCAAGACAACGUACAGCGCUUCUGCAUCGGCAAUAUGAAUCGUUUCGUCGAUAUCUACACGGCAAAGGGCCAGCAGUUGGCGCAGCUGGGGGGCGAGGGGAUUACGGCUGUGCCGGCGGUUGCGAAGUUUCAUCCGACAGUUGAUUGGGUGGCCGCUGGUACUGCAAGUGGGAAGCUGUGUUUGUGGAUGUAAGAUGAGGAUGGGGGAUGUACGAUGGUAGACGGAUUUGGGGGAGCGUGGUGCGUAAGCUCGAUCGUGUCUUUGCUGUAACGAUUGUAAUAGCUUUUGGGAUCAGCGUGA